UGAGGCCUCCGUUGCCAGGUUCUCUCAUCCGUGGGCCGGGAGGGCAGGAGCAGCCACGCCAGGAAGCAGCUAUUGUAGAAAAGGAGCCCCUGGCGCCAGGAGAGGAAUCGGGACAUUUGCCUGCAAGCCUUCUGCGGAGAAACCCUCUUCCCAGGCUUCCUUCUCUGACCUUUGGGCUCUCCUGCGCUCGCGGCUCCUCCUGCCGCGGGUUCUGUCUCUCUCAAUUUCCUUUGAAAGGAAAGGAAUGGAAAUGAUUUAAAUUGUGAUUUUUUUCUUUUAAUGAAAGAGUAAUUUUAAAAACAGUCUCGAGAUGGAUUUUAAAAUCGAGCACACUUGGGACGGCGUCCCCGUGACACAUGAGCCCGUGUGUGUGCGGCUGAGUCCCCAGGACGAGGGAGUGACCCUGGAGGUCUGCGCUCCGUUUUUCAACGACCCCCCCGGCCCAGCUGGAGAGCCGGGACAGCCUUUCAGCCAACUGUGGGAUUAUGAAGUUGUGGAAGCAUUUUUCCUGAAUGAGAGAACUGAGCAGUAUUUAGAAGUUGAGCUUUGUCCCCACGGCCAGCACUUGGUGCUUUUACUCUCGGGAAGAAGACAAGUGUGGAAACAGGGCCUUGCGCUGGCCUUCAGCGCGGCCCGGGGCGAGCGGCGGUGGGAAGGCCGAGCUCAUGUCCCGUGGAGUUACUUCCCGGCGGGGGUGAGCAGCUUCAACGCCUACGCCAUCCACGGGUGCGGAGGCGAGAGACGCUACGAAGCCCUGUACCCCGUUCCCCCGCCCGAGCUGCGGCCAGGACAGCAGCCGGACUUCCACCGCCUGGAGUACUUCCAGCCGUUCAGUUUUAACACGCUGCUCGGAGAGGGAUGGAGCCAGCCGGGGUCAGACCUGUGGCCUCCGGGGAAGCCCGAGUCUCCGCGUGUGUGACGGCCGAGGUCGGCCUUCUCUGGCCUCUGAGGAAACGGUGACCUGUUUGAGUCGAACAGAAGCACAUCUGUUGAGACAUCGCGGAGGCACCUGUGUUCCUUGCCAGCUGUCACCCUGUGCCGUGACUGUUUCCACUCGGUAGAAGGAGCUGGAAUGACAUCACCCUGAACUGGGGCGCAGCUUCCGCUCUCACAAAGUAUUGGCGUUGUCUUCAGGCGGUUAAAGGAGAGGUCGGCAUGGCUUCAUGUCGCUGUGGAAACACCCAGCGCUCUUGGUUCAGGGUUUUCUGCUCUGGUGGUGUACUGGCUCGCCUCCGCCGGGAGCCGCGGGGAAGAGCCGAGACUCUCCGCGCCCAGUCUCCU